AUGGCCAUGGACAGGUUUGAAGAAGACCUCCAGAAAGUCCUCAACGGGCACGGCAAGACGCUUCCCUCAAAAGUCGCCUUCAGCCUCGGCAUGCACGUGAUCGAGGUUUCGGAGUACGUCCAGAGCUACGAAUACAUCCACACCCAUGCCGACAUGAACGCGUCCAGCCUGAUAUGUGGCUUCGGCAAAGGCAACAAAGACCCUUGGGACUCUGGCUUGGUCUGCCGUUACACGCCAGACAGCAAACACAAGGAAUACAAUGAAGAUCUCAGGAAGGCGCACGACGGCAUCAUUGAGUUCAAGAGUCAGGACGCCCACAUUAGUGCACACUCACGAAGGCGUGACGUCGAUGUCCUGGGAUACAAUCUGCUCCAGUGGCUAUGUUGGCGAGUGCUUUGGGAGAUCAACCUCAAGUGCAUCGAGCAUGUCAACCAACAGAAGAGCACGGUGACAGCAAACGUCCCCCUGCUAAUGAGCAACUACUUCCCACAAAUUUGUGGGACAUUCAAUGCGGCGUCACGCGGUUCCUGCAGGUGCCGUGUUUCAAGCCAGGCACCAAGGACGAGGCGGCGCAACUUGCCCUCGCCGAAGACUCCGGUGCUUCAAGGAAUCAUCCUUGCUGAGGGCACCAUAGGCAAGAUCGGGGACGUGACCGUCUUGGCGAAGCUGAAGCCUCAGCGAAAGCCGUUGAACAGGAAAGUGGUAUCACCCCUCUCGUGUAGGGCAAGGUUUAAAGGCAGUCGGAAGAACAGCUUCUGCGAGGACAGCAACAGCAUAGGCCUGGACAACCCCACUUCGGUCAUGCUGGAAGUGCUUCAGCUCAACAAAGCUGUGUUUGCGCAACAGCAGGAACGGCUGCUAUCACCGCGCGGAAUCGGUCGACAGCUUGCCAGAACAUCUCUGCCGGUGAAGCCUUAG